CCCAUUCAGGCCCAAAUGGAUAUUAAAACAAAAGUAGAACGGAUAUAUCUAAAAGAGGGAAAAGGCAGUGAAGGAGAGGUUGAGAGAAAGAUAAACAGGGGGAGAAGCAUGGUGGGCGCUUUGGGUGCACAGCCAAAGAUACUGUCUUCGUUUGUGUCUAACCGCUUCCUUCACUCACCCAACCCUCCUCAUCUUCACCAGUUCUUCCGCUACGAUGCAGGAGCUAAGCAUUUGUACAUGCAGUUGCCAAGAACAUUUUCUGGUUUGACCAAUCUGUUGUUUAAUAGAAGAAAUGUUGAUGAAUCUACAAAUACCAAACGUAAACGCCUUAGACCUGGAAAAGUAUCCCCUCUUCGACCUGUUCCAGAUCAUAUACUCAAACCCCCUUAUGUAAAAUCUAAGAGACCUCCAGGCAUUGCUAGUGGACCUGAAGUACAUGAUGAGAAAGGAAUAGAAUGCAUGAGAGCUUCUGGAAGGCUUGCUGCCAAGGUUCUUGAAUAUGCUGGCACGUUGGUCCAGCCAGGCACAAAGACAGAUGAAAUUGACGAAGCUGUUCACCAAAUGAUUAUUGACAAUGGGGCUUACCCUUCACCUCUUGGGUAUGGUGGGUUUCCGAAGAGUGUCUGCACAUCAGUGAAUGAAUGCAUCUGCCAUGGAAUACCAGAUUCCCGUGCACUUGAGGAUGGUGAUAUAAUCAAUAUUGAUGUUACCGUCUACUUAAAUGGGUAUCAUGGUGACACAUCAGCUACUUUCUUUUGUGGCAAUGUUGAUGAUGAGGCCAGAAACCUAGUCGAGGUAACGAAAGAUUGUCUAUAUAAAGCAAUAUCAAUAUGUGCACCAGGAGUGGAAUUCAAGAAAAUCGGCAAAACAAUUCAUGAUCAUGGAGAUAAAUAUCGUUAUGGUGUUGUUAGACAAUUUGUAGGGCAUGGGGUUGGACGUGUUUUUCACUCUGAUCCAGUUGUUCUACACUACAGGAACAAGGAUAGUGGGCGAAUGAUGUUGAAUCAAACUUUCACAAUUGUGAUGCCGAUAGACUUUAUAUCAACUCCCUCCAUAGUAUAUAUUUUAAUUGUUUGGUUGUAUUCUCUGGAAAAGGGAAUGAAGAUAGUGCCUAUGCAACCAGAAAUAACAUAAAUAAUGCGCCUGGCGAUGGUGGAAUUACGUACUCAUUGAGCUAGAGAACCAAACCAAAUACGUCUUAGUAGAUUUCUUCAUUUGUUUUCUUAUUCAGGUCUAUAGGACUCUGGUUUUUACAGUGGAAUAGUUACCUAUUUCUAGCAAGAAGUCAACCCAUGUGGAAAAAGAUCAAAUUGUGAUGCAAUGCUUGCAUGGAUGAUGUCAAUAUGAAGAUUCUUUUAUGUCCCGGGCCUUGGGCUUACUUGUCCAAAUGGAUUUUAUUUUUAUUAUUGCAUAAUGAUAAUACACUUCUCUA